GAAGUCUCCCUGAGCCACAGCCCCAGCUGCCUCACCUUCUGAAGAUGUCCAGAAUGGAAAUGGCUCACUUGUUGGACGCUCUGUACGGCGGGGUAGACCCGAACAUCACGGGCAACGGCGGUCCGGAGUGCGUCGCUUUCCUCUCGACCAGACAGCGGCUACUGGAGACCGUCAUCGUGAUCGCCGUGUCCUUGCUUCAGAUCGUGGUGGCCUGCGAGAAGAUGGAGAUGGAUUCCGGGAGCAUUGGAACCUCGGGCGGCUCAGCGGCGGAGCAUCAGGACACUAUGGGCAGGAACCUUCUGCAGGCUGCUCUGUGUUUGACCUUUGGUUCAGAAAUUGGGUUCAAAUGUGCCUCGAAAACCCUCAUCUUUAUACUGAACCCUUGCCAUGUAGUCACCGUUCUACAGAUAUUCCUGCUAACUUGCCCACCUUGCCGUGCUGUCCUCGUACUCUUCAGGUUACAUGUACACAUGUUGAAUGGACCUCUUCUGGCCUUACUGUUCCCUGUGCUCAAUACCAGACUGCUUCCCUUUGAGACGGAGGUGUAUUACAUACAGCACAUCCUCAUGUAUGUCGUCCCGUUUUACCUGCUCAAUAAAGGGGGUAUAUACAAACCAGAGCCUCUGGGAGAUUUCAGGUGGGCAGUGUUGGCUACAGGUCUACUCUUCCUCUAUCAUUACACCAUCCUUCAGGCCCUUGCACUGAUGACGAUGGUGAACCUGAACAACAUGUUGUGCCCAGCUGUGUCCGACCCAUUCCAUGGACCCUACUACCGCAUGUGGGCUUCUCUUCACCAGACGGCGCUGCUGUUGGUUCACGGAAAGCUAAUCACGCUGCUCGCCUGUGGUCUCCCUUCUCUGGCUCGCGCCCUCAGAGGCAGGCAGAAGCUGGAGUGAGCGACCGGUGUGUGGAGUCAACCCGCUCGCGGGCCAGGUUGAUGUGUGCGGAUGUGAGGGGAACGGUGGUGGGUUUGUUUGGAGACAUUGGGAUACUGAGAGAAGGCUGCAAGGGCAAUCUGCUUGUAGAACCUUAAAGAGAAUUCAACCAGGA